AUGAGUGAGCAUAAUGCUGAAAUUCAAGCUGAUGGUGACUGUGAUGAAUCAAUGAAAGAUGAUGAUAAUGAAGAUCUGUUCGAUGAUUUAAACACUAUGAAUGAAUCUGAAGAAGAUCGUCGUUUUAUUACUGUUGGUGUGUGUGCUCAAUGGAAAAAGAUAAAAGCAAAGCCAAUGGAAGAAAUUCUAAAUCGUUUAGAACAAUUUGAAUUUCUUCGUAUUAUUGUCUUCUCUGAAGCAACAAUACACGAAAAACCAAUUCAAGAAUGGCCAUUUUGUCAUGUUCUAAUUAGUUUUCAUAGUAAAGGUUUUCCACUCGCUAAAACACAAGAGUAUGCGCGUCUUUAUCAACCGUUUCUUAUCAAUGAUCUUGAAAAACAAUGGUAUAUUAUGGAUCGUAUUAAAGUACACGAAAUACUUGAAGAUGCAGGCAUUGCACAACCUCGAUAUGGUGUCCUACGACGAAAACUGAAUGCUGAUGGAGUAUGGGCAACAUUGUCGCAUGUUGUAGAACAAGAUGAUCAUAUUGAAAUUGACGGUGAAAUUUUUCAUAAACCGUUCGUAGAGAAGCCUGUAUCAGCUGAAAAUCAUGAUGUUUACAUUUAUUUUCCAUCGUCCGCUGGCGGUGGGUCGCAGAGAUUAUUUCGCAAGAUCGGUAGUCGAAGUAGUGUAUAUACAUCGGAGAAUUGUAUUCGUAAAGAUGAUUCAUAUAUCUACGAAGAAUUUAUGCCGACUGAUGGUACCGAUGUUAAAGUGUAUACUGUAGGUGCUGAAUAUGCUCAUGCUGAAGCGAGAAAAUCACCGGGACUUGAUGGUAAAGUUGAACGUGAUGAGUUUGGUAAAGAAGUACGUUAUCCAGUUAUAUUGCGUGCAGAUGAAAAAUUGAUUGCUAUGAAAAUUUGUUUGGCAUUUAAACAAACGGUUUGUGGUUUUGAUUUACUUCGUGUAGAAGGAAAAUCAUUUGUGUGCGAUGUCAACGGUUUUAGUUUUGUUAAAAAUAGUACGAAGUAUUAUGAUGAUUGUGCUUCUAUUCUUGGACAUAUGAUUAUGCGUGAACUUGCGCCGACGCUUUCAAUCCCGUAUCCAUUAGCUUAUCAACCGGAAGAUCCACCUUUUGUACCGACUGCUUUUGGAACAAGAAUGGAACUUCGAUGUGUUAUUGCUGUGAUCCGUCACGGUGAUCGAACACCCAAACAAAAAAUGAAAAUGAUCGUUUUACAUCCUUUAUUUUUUCAACUGUUCGAAAAAUAUAAUGGUCCGAAAAAUGGUCAUCUCAAACUCAAACAUCCCGGUCAACUUCAAGAAGUUCUUGAUAUUGCUCGAACGUUGCUCAAAGAACUAGACGACAACCGAAUAACUAAAUUUCCGAAUUCAUCAGAAACGAAAGGCAAAUUACUUCAACUGAAACAAGUACUCGAAUUGUAUGGUCAUUUUUCUGGCAUUAAUCGUAAAAUUCAAUUAAAAUAUUUAUCAAAAGGUCCAGCGAAAAAAUCUAGUAGUGAAGAUGAAGAUGAAGACAUACCAAGUCAACCAUCUCUACUCUUAGUCGUCAAAUGGGGUGGACAAUUAACUCAAACAGGCAAAAAUCAAGCUGAAGCACUUGGAAAAGCAUUUCGUAAAAUGUAUCCAGGUGGUCAAAAUGCUAGUGGCGACCGUCCUGAUGUUGGUCUUCUGCGUUUACAUUCUACGUUUCGGCAUGAUCUAAAAAUCUAUGCAUCCGAUGAAGGUCGCGUACAAAUGACUGCUGCUGCGUUUGCAAAAGGUCUAUUAGCACUGGAUGGUGAAUUAGCGCCUAUACUCGUUCAAAUGGUUAAAAGUGCUAAUACAAACGGUUUACUUGAUAAUGAUGCUGAUUCAACUAAGGAACAAGAAAAACUCAAACAAACCUUACAUGAACUUCUAGCAAAAGAUCGUCAAUUUACACAAGAAGAUUAUGACACAAUCGCACCAACACGUUCUCGUGCCAUAGUUACAUCUAUGGAUUUUAUUAAAAAUCCAGUUGUAAUAUGUCGGAAGAUUUUUGAAUACAUUCACGAAAUGACUGUGCUCAUUCGAACACAUUUACUCAAAGGCGAAACCGACACACUUUAUCAUACGGAAACAUGGGAUUUAUGUUUACGACGAUGGUUAAAAUUAGAAAAAGAUUUUUAUAAUGUACAAAAAGAUAAAUUCAACAUAUCAAAAGUUCCUGAUAUAUAUGAUUCGAUAAAAUACGAUUUACUACAUAAUAAAAAUAGCCUGGAAUUUCCGCAUGCCGAAGAUCUAUAUGUGUGUUCAAAAGCAUUAGGCGAUAUUGUUGUACCACAGGAAUAUGGAAUGACAAUUGAAGAAAAACUAAGUAUUGCGCGUGGAAUUGUUACACCACUAUUAAGAAAAAUUCGAGCUGAUCUUCAAUGUAAUCUAACCGGUGUUUUAACUCAUGAUGAACAUGUGAAUAAACUAGAUCCGAGCUACUCAAAGGGUAUCCAAUCGCCAGGUCGACAUGUUCGUACACGGUUAUAUUUCACUAGCGAAUCUCAUGUACAUUCUUUUCUCACUAUAAUACGCUACGGUGGACUAUUAGAUGCAUUCGUCGAUGAACAAUGGAAGCGUUCAAUGGACUAUCUUGAUACUGUUUCUGAAUUGAAUUAUCUAACACAAAUUGUUAUUAUGUUGUAUGAAGAUGCAAGUGAAGAAGAAAAUUCCGAAAAGCGUUUUCAUGUUGAACUGCAUUUUUCGCCGGGUGCUUACGGUUGUUUUGAUGUGCCACCUGAAGCUGAUCGUGUUACAUCGGAUGUAACUGCGAUUCGUACCGUUUUACCGAAGAGUACUCGAGAAGUGGCUCACAGUCCACCGCGCGGUGACUCGAAACUAUCGAUAUUGGAUUCACUACCAGAAACAAGUCCUGCAUUGAUGCAUAGCCCAAUCAAUCCGAUACCUACUAUUGCUACAGGCGACUUCACGCCUCCGGCUACCUCCAGCGAAAAAUCAAAAUUGAAAACAACAACAGAACCAGUAUCAAUGAAAAAGUUUCAUAGGAAUAGUGAUGGAGUAAUUACAAAUAUGAUAUUGGAGCCUGCGGACAACGAUGAAGUAUAUUCAACUUCUGCUCCACGCUCAAGUCACUAUGAUAAUUAUCUUUUAAAACCGAAAUCUCUUGAAAACCAUGAAUCAAAAUUACAACAAUUAACAUCGCAACAGUCUGAAUCAUCUACUGUAUUUCCUACUGAAAUGCGUCGCAAAUCAAGUGCACCACUUGGUCUCUGUUCUUCGAAAAUGAAUCCUCGAUUUUGCGUAUUACGUAGUAAUGACCUUUUACGUCGAAAUUCUGAAACAACUUUAACACAUAAUUAUUAUAAUACAAUUCACGGCGAUUCGCCCGAUAAAAGAAAACUUCAUUAUGUACCGUUAACUAGUAUAUUCAGCACACGAGUUAUCACUGGGGCAAAAUCAACACCGGAUCUUAAUAAAUUACUCGAACGAAAACAAGCAGGACUCGUUUAUUCUGACACUGCUGUUGUUGCACCAUUAGAAACUUUGAAUACAAAUUUAAAUUACAAAAUCCUUGAUGAUUUUGUUGGCAAAAUGACUGAUUCAACAUUGAAAUUGUUAUCAAAUAAUGAUACGUCUACUGAAUUGCCAUUUCUAUUUUCAGAUGUAUCUACAAACCGUUUUCAUGUUGAAUCGGUUGAUAAUAAUAAUGGUACAUAUGGCAAUGAUAAAAAAAUACGUACUAAUUAUACUAAAUUAACACAAUACUCAAUAAAUACAAUCAAUGAACUUCCAGAAAAAUCGAUUGAUGAUGAGCGAUAA